UAAACAGAGGAAGUGAGUCUGUCAGUUAGUUGCAGCAUGGAGUCCGUUCAGCUGCUGGUUCUGGUUCUGAUGUGGAACCUGUCCUCCGGAUCUGUCCUUCAGAACCAAACAAAGACCCGGUUCUCCCCCCUCUUACCACCGACCCAGACCCGGUUCUCCCCCCCGGUUCUGCCGGUUCUGCUGCAUGUCUCCUCGGUGUUUCGGCGGGUGGAGCGGCGCUUCCUGUCCGUCACCAUCGACUCCAGCCUGGCUUCAGAGGAGAAGUUCAUGUCGCUGCUGGGCUCUCCAAAGGUCCGGACUCUGGCUAAAGCUCUGAGUCCAGCGUUCCUCCGGUUCGGGGGAACGAGACAAGACUUCAUGGAGUUCAGCCCGAUCCGCCGGGACGCUUCUUCCUCUGCAGAGAAGUCCUGCUCUGCCCGGCUGCUGCCCUCCUGGCUGGAGCAGCGUCUGAAGAAGGAGUGGAGCCGACAACAAAUCCUCCUGAAGAGGGAAGAUCUGCAAAGGAAGUACAAGAGGGUCAAGUUCACAGAGUACACGGUGGACCUGCUGCACUCCUUCUCUAACUGCUCCGGUCUGGAUCUGAUCUUCGGGCUGAACGCUCUCCUCAGAACCUCAGAGAACAUCUGGAACGGCAGCAACGCUCGAUCUCUGCUGCAGUACUGCGAGUCCAGAGGGUACCAGAUGGACUGGGAGCUGGGCAACGAGCCCAACAGCUAUCAGAAGAAGGCGGGGGUGCGCGUGGACGGGUUUCAGCUGGGAAAGGACUUCGCCCAUCUCAGAGAGAUGAUGUCACAGUCAAAACUUUAUCGACACGCCGGGCUUUACGGUCCAGAUGUUGGUCAGCCUCGAAAUCACCGGACCGACAUCCUGCAGGGGUUCCUGCAGAGUGGAGCGGGGGUGGUGGACGCCUGCACCUGGCACCAUUACUAUGUGAACGGCAGGGACACGUCUCUGGAGGAUUUCCUGGACCCAGAUAUCCUGGACACUCUGACCUUAAAGACACUAGAAGUCCUGGAGAAAGUGAAGCAGGCGUCUCCAGAGAAGCCGGUGUGGCUCGGAGAGACGAGCUCUGCGUUCGGAGGAGGAGCCGCCGGUCUGUCGGACACCUUCGUCGCCGGAUUCAUGUGGUUGGAUAAACUGGGUCUCAGUGCUCUUCUGGGUCUGGACCUGGUGAUGCGUCAGGUGUUCAUCGGCUCCGGCAGCUACCACCUGAUCGACCAGAACCUGGACCCUCUUCCUGACUUCUGGCUCUCCGUCCUCUACAAGCGACUCGUGGGUCCGGAGGUCCUGAAAGUAGAAUUCUCGGGUCUGGCUCGCAGUAAGAGAGUCAGGCUGUACCUGCACUGUGCCAACACACGCAGUUUCAGCCGUGGAGCAGUGACUCUGAUGUCUCUGAACCUCGGCCCCCGGACGCUCUCUAUCUCCUCCCCUCUCUUCUCCUCCGGAUCAGUGGAGGCGUUUGUUCUGGAGUCGGGGCAGCCGGGGGAGGAGGGCCUUAUUUCCAGGUCCGUGAAGCUGAACGGAGAGACGCUUCUGAUGCCUGACGAUGAAACUCUUCCAGAUCUCACAGGAGCUCGUCUUCCUCCGGCUGAGCGUCUGCAGAUUCCUGCUUUCUCGCUCGGCUUCUUCGUCCUGAAAGAAGCUCGCGCCGCCGCCUGCCGCUGAUCAAAGCAUCAACUCAGAGACAAGACAUCAACUCAGAGACAAGACAUCAACUCAGAGACAAGACAUCAACUCAGAGACAAAGCAUCAACUCAGAGACAAGACAUCAACUCAGAGACAAAACAUCAACUCAGAGACAAGACAUCAAGACAUCAACUCAGAGACAAGACAUCAACUCAGAGACAAAACAUCAACUCAGAGACAAAACAUCAACUCAGAGACAAAGCAUCAACUCAGAGACAAAGCAUCAACUCAGAGACAAAGCAUCAACUCAGAGACAAAGCAUCAACUCAGAGACAAGACAUCAACUCAGAGACAAAGCAUCAACUCAGAGACAAGACAUCAACUCAGAGACAAAGCAUCAACUCAGAGACAAGACAUCAACUCAG